CUACCUCUCUGCGCAUGCGUACUUGCUAAAGAACUUCCGUUGGCAAAUUUGGAAUAUUGAAUUAGGUAGAGCGAUUUACUUGAGUUUAUUUUAUCUUUCGUUUUUAUAUUUUAUUUUUAUCAACAGAAUCAUUGCUUAGGAUUUCUUGAAUUUUGUGAAUUAGAACAGGAGUCUUUGUUUAACAUGAUUAGUUAAUAUGCUUUGUUGUUCAGCGCCAUUUUCAAAGUCUCGCUUAGCAGCAUGCAUUCUGAGCGAUCAAAACAAAAUGAGUGGAACUUACAAUUUUGCCAAAUGUUUACUACUGACAAAUUUAUGUCUACUCACUGGUCUAGAAAAUUGUUUCGGAUUCAUACAUUAAUUCAUUCAUUUAAUGCAAACCAACCAUAACAAUCGUUGAUACUUGUAGUCUUUUUUUCUCCCCUGUGUGUGUGUAUUUUUUUUUUUUAAUAAAUAUUAAACGAAAAUAGAAGAUUCUGAGUAAAUCACAAUCGAAAGAAUUAUAAUGUUUCUACUAUCUUACUCGCGUGUAUUUAAACGCCAGAACAAGAGAGGAGCCAUCGACUUGCAAAGAGUAGCUCAGAAGCAAUGAAUGAACACUUAGAGACAACAAAUAAAGCGACUGACUAAAAUGAGAUCGAACUGAAAAAUUGAACUUGUAACCAAGUAGUGUUGAUAAAACAAAGGAAUUAGCCUCGGAACGUUUUCCAUUCUUUGAUUUUUCAGUCAUUCUUCUAUUAACAAUGGAAUCGCUGCUAAUAUCGCUUUUAAAUAGGCUUUUGGCCUCCUCUGUUAGAUUGCGAAAAGCUUGCAAAGAAGAAAACUACCUGUAAAAUGGGACAGACAAAGUAACUAUAAGCCGAAGACACUCAGUUUCUGAAAUGCUUGAAGACGAAGAACAAACAACAACGAUGGAUAAGACCAAUAACACAUCCAAAAGUUCGAAUGAUGAUAGUGUUCCAGUUUCCCCGAAAUCUGAUUACUCCAAUAGUAAUGAUAUUGACAAGCAGUGCCAGACAGAAGAGAACACUUUGAGUGUGUCCUCAGACAGUUCGAUCGCGAGUGUUAAAGUAACCCCUCCGAAAAAAACCGGUCGCCAGCUUACAAAAGUGCAAGAAAUGGACAGAGAAUUAACUGGGUGGAUAAAUGGUAUUCAUGCCGAUGGUAAACUCAACGAGCUGACUCGUGAAAUGAUCAUUGAAAAGGGCCGGCUUAUUGCCAAAAUGAAAAAGAUCUUGGAUUUUGCUGGAACAACGAAUUGGUACACAAGAUUUUUAAGGCGGAAUUUCUCCGAGACUGAUGUUGGCAAGCAUUUGAAAAUGCUUUCUCCAAUCAAUUCUGUGAAAUUUAUGGAAGAUUUUGAUCCAGAAAAAAGUAGCAGAGAAAUGCGUAAAAUGAACCGAAGAAUUUAUCGAGAGAACAUGAAAACCAACCAAAUGUAUGACGAAACUGGUCGACUUCUUGACAACAGCAAAGAUGUUUGUGAUUGUUUGGAUGAGGACUGUCCAGGAUGCCAUUUUCCAUGUAACAAAUGUGGUUCUGAAAAGUGUGGCACUGAGUGUCGAUGUAAUCGGAAGUGGGUAUAUGAAGUUGUGGAAAUUGAAGGCUCAAACCUAGUGAUUAGAAAUGUUUCUGUAGCAUAAAAUCUUCAUCUAGUGAAUUCAGGGAGAAUAGUCCAUUCAAAUUUUCUCCUGCACACAAAGAUUGUCAACUUGCCUUUCAUAUCCUUUACUUUUUGUUCUACUUCUGCUUUACAUAUCACAUAAUCUGCCAUAUAUAAUGAAAACUCAUUACAUUUUUUUUUCCAUUUCAUUGCAAACCAAUGACCAUUGAUCAACUAACAUCAAUCAACAUCCGCCCUGAACUUCAUUUCAUUUCACAUUACAAUAUGGACUUAUGUUGUUAUACUUGCCAGUAUUGUCAUUGUUGUUGUUGCUGUUAGUUAGCUACAAUCAUGUGUGAUAGAGAAGAUUCAUGGCAAUAAAAGAACCAACUGAUUAAUUAAGUUAGUAUGGGACAAAUUCAAGAUGUCAGGUAUGCAGUUUUAUUGUCCCUUGUUCCUAGUAAAUUACAAGUAACUAUGGUAACUAUUUUAUGACCCUGCCAUACAUGCAGAAGAAACAGCUUAUUCAAUUGUAGCAAGAUAUUAACUUACCAGAAAUUUUCUAAACAGCAUAUUAGUUUACAUUAUUAUAAUCACAACUUUAAAUUCAGUGAGUUGGAUUGUUUGAUAUUGUUACUGUGGUUUGUUUGCUACCAUACCUUCCUCUUCAUAACAGUUGGUAAAAUGAGAACGUUUUACCUUUUUUUUUUUUUUUUUUUACAAUGCAAUGAUAGCACCACUACCUCAGUCAUAUUUCGAUCAGUGCCACUCAAUUUUACAUUUUAUUAAUUUAUUUUCAUUUUAUCAAAUUUUGAAGUGCAUUGUUAUAGUAUGUGUGACAAUUGUUCAUCUUUGCAAAGUUCAGAACCCCACAAAUCACAAGAUAAGAUAUUUAAUGGAAUAAUAUUGUCUGAUAUAUAGUAUUGUAAAUGCUUUCAAAUGUAACACUAAA